UAUCACGAAAGAACGAGUUGAGCUUCCUUACUCUCUUCCUCUUCCAAUGAGGAAGAGCACAAACUCCAAAUUUAGGGUUAGCAAAUUCCUCAAAAAAUGGCGGGACGAAGAGAAGGAGAGCAAACAAAGGCGACGGCAUCAUCAUCGACACCAACAUCAAAAGCUUCGUCGACGGCGAGCAAGAGGAUGACGGAAUCGCUGGGAUGGCUGACGGAGUCGACGUUGAUGCCGAAGAAGCACAAGGCCAUCGAGGGCGUCGGCGCCGCCUCGAUCCUCGAGCUCAAGGCGCAGCUCUAUCGAUCACAGGAACAAGCUCGAAAGGAUAAAGCUACCAAUCCCAGUUCCCAAGAAUUUCACCGCGCCAAGAAGAAGAUCCUGCCCUCUGAUGUAUUGUCGACGAAGAACUCCGGCGUCGAUUCCCGCGCUCGAAAAGAUAAGUUGGAGCUGAAAGCUGAAACCGAUGGUUCAAAAAGUUAUGCAGCUUUGGAAAAGAAGGCUGAAUUAUAUGAAAAACUAGCUAGAGGUGAGCUUCCUGAUGAGGAAGAAAAAGAAAAAUACUGUGUGGACUUUUUCCGCAAAAGCAUUACGCAGGAUGAACAAGAAAAGCCAGAAAUCCAAGAUACUGAAGAUGCCAAAGAAAAUCAAAACGCUGAAACUGAAGAUAACGAUUUGCUAAAUUCAAAAUUAUUAAGACCUGGAAGAACAGGUCUAACACUAGACAGUGAUGAGCAUAAGCGAUUUGUGAGGGAAGUCCAUGAAGAGGUUAACCAGGCACGGCAUGAGGUUACAACAGGAAAGUUGCGUCGUCAAGAGCAAGAGGCUGCUCGCAGGGAGAAACUAAAGCAAGCCUAUCUUAGAAAACGGCUUGAGAAGCUGCUCGCUUCCAAAAAAGAAGCAGAUGCUGCUAGCUCCGAGGCUCUUGGGGUUUAAAUUGAUUGAGCUUACGCGCUUCUGUAAUUUAUAUGCUGGGUGCUUUGGUUGAGAAUUUGUUAGGCCUUAAGGAUGUACAUUGUAGCUUUCUUGAAGCAGUAAGGUUUCCAAGAGAAGUAAUUGUGCAUAAGGAGCCAAAGCACAGUGAUUUCUAAAUUUGUUUUGUUCAGAUUUAAUGACCACCUGGGAUUGUGUUUUGUACAGUUUGGAGCAUCCUUUGGACCUUUGAUAUCUGAAUGACUCUUGAGAUUAGAAGGUGUUGUGUAUGCUUACGCUAUGACUUUCUGAAUGCUCCGCGAAUUAUGUCUACUUUUUUUAUACAGGAAAAAUGUUUCUCUUUGUAAUACUGAUUAUGACAACAUCUUGCAAUACUUA